AUAAGGGUUCUGUUGUAUAAAGGCAAACCGACAGUAACUUGUUCUGUUCUAGACAGACUAGAUUGGGACUGUACGAUUCAGCUAAAGCUAAGGGAGGAUUAUUGACUCUUGGCUUACUUGCAAAUAACAAGAACAAAAAUUACAACAUGACUUCAAUUGAUGAAUCGUGGACUAAUUGGUUGUGUGAUACGGAACCAGAUGAUUACAGUUUAAUCAACCAAUUAGACACAAACACAGACAAUGUUAGUAAUUUAGAGAGUAGUAACUUAGAGAGACCUUCCAAGUUACUCAAGAAAGGUUCUUCUUCCACUUACUCAUACAUUCUUUCGUUUGAAAAUGAGAAUCCACAACCAAUUAAAGUUGAACAAGCCUUGAAUCCAAAAACCAAAGUAAUGAACUCAAAGAAUGAACACAAACGAGUCAAUAUUCAAGAGAUUAACAAGAAAAACUAUUCAUUUACCAGAUCUACUACUAAUCACACACCAGAUCAUAUAAUUGCUGAGAGAAUAAGGAGAGAAAAAAUUAGUCAACAGUUCAUAGCUCUUUCAGCCCUUAUUCCAAAUCUAAAAAAGAUGGAUAAGGCCUCUGUGUUAGGUGAUGCUAUAAAGUAUGUGAAGCAGUUGAAGGAUCAAGUGAAAGUGUUGGAGGAACAAAGUAAAAGGAAACAAAGUGUGGAAUCGAUUGUGGCUGUGAAGAAAUUGUCUCAACUUUUUGUGGAUGAAGAUGUUUCGGACACUUCUUCAUAUUGUUGUAAUGGAAACUCUGAUGAAACCUUAAAAAGAAAUCUGUUGCUGCCAGAAGUUGAAGCUAGAUUGUCGGGGAAGAGUGUGAUGAUUCGAAUCCUUUGUGAGAAAGAUAAGGUUGUGAUGGUGAAUGUAUAUAGAGCGAUAGAGAAAUUUCAUUUAUCCGUAAUCAAUGCGAGUUCGUUUUCAUUUGGUUCCUCUGUUUUAGCCAUAACCAUCAUUGCUCAGAUGGAGGAUGAGUUCAAUAUAAGCGUCCAGAAACUGGCAAAAAACCUGAGUAUUGAACUGGAGAAAUUGAAGGAGUGGUAAUGUGUAUUAUGGUAAGAGUAAAAUCAUGAAUUCAGUAAUUGAAUUUAAGAAAGUUGAAAGUUGCAACGUGGGAAGUGGAAGUGAUGUACACGCAGUACAUUUGAUGGACAGGUUGAAGGCCUUGAGAGCGAUGCCAUCGAUAUUUUGCACUGAAAUCCGUAUUCAGAUAUCAGAUUCUGGAACAUAAGAUAAGAUUAUUUGUACUUACUCGCCUCAAAAUCAAAUAUAUUUAAUUGCUGUUUUUGUCCAUUAUUUUCAUCUCAUGACACACUUGAUUUUCUUAUUUUUAAACUUUUCAUUUAUCUAAGGCUUUUGUAUGAAAAAAAUCAUAUGAAUAACCAACACUUUAGUGUGUUUAUCAAGAUAUUUUAUAAUAAAGUUCCCUCAUAUUAUAUCUUAAAAGUUCCAAAGUCAUAAAGUUCAAUGUAAGCUAAGUUCAAACAUUAUCAUCAAAACUUUUGAUGUAAAAUUUUCAAUAGCUGUAUCUUAAUUUUGAUGAUUUUAUUAAAAUAACAAUUGAUGUUGGAUUUUAGUAAACAACUACUCUUUAAAAAAUUUAGAAUGUUUAAUUUAUUAUUAAAAUUUUGGUUAUUCAAAGUAGACAACCAACUAGUAAAAUUUUGGGUUUUUUAAGGUAAGCAACCAACAGUAUAAUUUAUCAAUAAAACACUCAUCCACAGUCUUAUCAUAGUUUCUUCAUCUUUGUUCAAAUUCAUGGUAAAAGUAUCAUUCUAAUUCAUUUUUGGUGCAUGUAUUAGGAUGAAGUGGAGGGAAAACUAAAGAAGGUCCAAAAACUUUAUCGUUCUCCUAUUUUUUGCUACCGCAAUCAACACCCCCUUAUCAUUUUGAAAACCCCAAAGCAAGGAGGAAUCCUUAGACACGUGGUCUACGGUUUCACAAUGAGAGUUAGAUUUAAGGCAAAACAUAGAACAUCAAAUCCAUUUGUUUAAUAAGUUGGAUUUCACAUGAAUAGCCACGUUAAAGACACGCCAAAGAAUUUUUUUUAUCUUACACCAAUUACUUUUGUUCAUGUUGAAAGCAUGCAUCAACGUGACAUUAAUAGGUACAUGAACAUUGUCAAAACUUUCUUUUGUUUAGGAGCUUUAACAUAUAUAGCUUCUUUAAGCCAAGCAGUAAAACUAAUCAUACUAUCUUCCAUAUGAAUCCCCAAAGGAGAAUAGAACCAUACUUGAGCAGCCCAAAUGUAGUCCUUAAACACAUGGUCUAGCUAGGGUUUAACAAUGAGAAUUACAUCUAGGGAAAAACAUAGGACCCCAGACCACUAUGUUUAAUAAGUUAGAUAUCACAUGAAUAUCCUUGUUAAGGACACGCCAAAGAAGGAAUUAUGUCUUAUGGGGUCUUUAAUCUUCCAUUAACAUUUCUAUAAAAAUUCAGAUUUUCUCUCGUUUGAACCA